AGCUAACUUUCGCAUCUAAUAUUAUAUCAUUUGCAAAUUCUUCCCUAUAAAUAUGAUAAAUUCCUCUCAGAAUAUCAUCGAUAUAUAGAAGAAUCUCGGAAGAGUUAUUGAUUUGUGAACGUGUAAGUGUCUGCGAGAGAGAAGAUGGAUGCAAACGUGGUUAAAAAAUGGUCUUCUUCCAAUGAAAUAAUCAGUACAGUUCAGGCAGCCCUAAGGCUGCUAUUGAUGGCAGUGUUUUUGGGGUCUCUUCUGAUGUGGAUCAUGGCGCCUACAAACACCUAUAAGCAAAGUUGGUUGCCGAGUAUCCUAGCAAAGCUUAACUCAACAUAUUUCGAGCCCAAACAAGGUGCAAGACUUCUGAUUUACACUCUUCCCAUUCUAUUUGUUGCUGCCAUGGGCUGUUUCUACCUCCAUAUGGGAAAGGAAUUGAAAAAUGAUAAAAUCACAAGCAGUUGCAGAAAUCCUCGGUUUGCCUCAUGGAAAAAGCCGGUGCUCAUAAAAGGCCCUCUGGGGAUUGUUUCCAGAGUAGAGCUAGUUUUUCUCAUCAUGUUCAUUGCACUGUUAGCAUGGACUUUUGCAACUUACAUUAGCAAUUAUUUUGCUAAAAUCAACCCAAAUUCAGCAGCAGCACAAGGCGAAAAAGUAUGGCAAUCUAAACUGGAUUCUUCAGCCUUAACCCUAGGCCUUGUUGGGAACAUAUGUUUAGCAUUUCUGUUUUUCCCGGUGACUCGCGGUUCAUCUUUGCUGCCACUCUUUGGCCUCACCUCUGAGAACAGUAUCAAGUAUCAUAUAUGGCUUGGAAACAUCACCAUGACUCUUUUCACAACUCAUGGUAUUUGUUUCAUCAUCUAUUGGGCUGUUACCAAUGAACUCUCCCAGAUGCUUAAAUGGGACAAAAUUGGGGUAUCAAAUUUGGCUGGAGAGAUUGCUUUGGUAACUGGAUUAGCCAUGUGGUUAACAACCAUCCCUCGCAUACGACGGAAAUUCUUCGAGCUCUUCUUUUACACACAUUACCUUUACAUCAUCUUCAUGAUUUUCUUCAUACUCCAUGUUGGUAUCUCUUUCUGUGGCAUGAUGCUUCCCAGUUUCUACCUCUUUGUUGUCGAUCGUUACUUGAGGUUUCUACAAUCACAACGAAAUGUUCGAUUACUCUCUGCCCGCGUUUUACCAUGUGAAACUCUUGAACUUAACCUUGGCAAGAGCUUAGGUCUGAGCUAUAAUCCAUUGGGCAUUAUGUUCAUAAAUGUUCCCAGCAUUUCCAAACUGCAGUGGCAUCCUUUUAGUAUCACUUCUAGUAGUAAUUUGGAGCCUAACAAGAUCAGCAUUGUCAUUAAAAGCGAAGGAAGUUGGACCAAGAAUCUCUACCAGAUGCUUUCAUCACCUUCUUCACUGGAUCGUCUUGAGGUCUCAGUUGAAGGACCGUAUGCACCGGCUUCUAAAGAUUUUUUAAGGUAUGACACCCUUGUGAUGGUAAGUGGAGGCAGUGGCAUUACUCCAUUCAUCUCAAUCAUUCGAGAGCUCAUCUAUAUGAGCACAAAGCUUAAUUACAAAGCUCCGAAAGUGAUCCUAAUUUGUGCAUUCAAGAACUCCUCAGAACUAACCAUGCUAGACCUCAUCCUUCCUAUCUCUGGAACCCCCUCUAACAACUCCAAUUUGCAGCUACAAAUUGAGGUCUUUGUAACAAGAGAGAAAGAACCCAAAAUAGAUAACAUAAAGCCUAUAAAAGCCAUAAAGUUCAAGCCUCAUGCAAAAGAUACACCAUUGUCUUCCAUUUUAGGCCCUAAACACUGGCUUUGGAUUGGCGUGAUAAUAGCCUCUUCCUUUGUUAUUUUCCUUAUACUACUUGGAAUUAUUACUCGUUACUACAUAUAUCCUGUUGAUCAUAAUUCCAAUAUAAUAUUUUCAACCACUUGGAGAUCUAUGAUAAAUGUGUUAGUCAUAUGCAUCUGUAUAGUCAUGAUGACUAGUGCAGCAGUAUUUUGGAAUAAGAGGCAGAAUGAUAUUGAGACUAGUCAGGUACAGAACAUGGAAGGUACAACUGGGUCCCCAAGCUCGUAUGAUAUGGAAUUGGAAAGCUACCCACGCCAGUCUCUUUUCCAAACUACCAAUGUUCACUAUGGUCAAAGACCUAACCUAAGGAGAAUGCUACUUGAGUACAAUGGAUCAAGUACCAACGUUUUCGCGUCUGGCCCAAAGAGGUUGAGACAAGAGGUUGCAACCAUUUGUUCAUCCGGUUUGGCAGAUAAUCUGCACUUUGAGUCUAUCAGUUUUAGCUGGUGAGUUGUCUAUGUUGAAUUUUCUACUAGACGUGUGCAGCAAUGUUGUGAAAUAUCGGUGCUUGUGGUUGCUGGCUUGCUUCUAUAUGCCUGAAUCAUUAAGACGUGUUUGUUGAGGAGAAUAAAUGUAACUAUGCAAGUGCAAAUGAUUUCGUAUGCUUUGUUAAAUAUGUAACUGUGGCUUUAGUCUCUCACUGCUCAAUGAUAAAAUGUAUAUAUUUAUGAGCAGAAAAUAAUGACUAUCUUUUGGAUGACUUAUCUCUGUGA